GGACCAAAGAAAGAAACCCUCUUCCCUCUCUGAAACCCCAACUCAGCCCUCCCCUGCAAGAAAAGCACAAACCCAAACACCACAAGAAUCCAUCCAUCCAACCCAACCCAGUAGCAGUGUUGUACCAUCUCACACUCUCUCUGCAAAAAGAUGAGCACUCAGCUAGCUAGAGACACACACCAAACACCAUAUAAAGCAGCAGCAGCAGAAGCAGACUCCCCCACUAACCCAUGACCCCUCAUUUCCAUCACCUGUUCAUUCUUUCAUCUCAUCUCAUCUUCUCUCCCUAUAGCUAGAUCAAUUGCACUGUUGCUAUUAUACCUAAUUAAUCACCCAAUCCAAGAUUCCAAAACCUAGCUAGUGUGAUCAUCAGCUUGUGAUCGAUCCUAGAAAGAUCUUAAGAUAGGUUGUUGAUUUGAUCAUCAUCGUUGGAGAUGAGAGCUGGGGGGUGCACGGUGCAGCAGGCGCUGACGGCGGAGGCGGCGGCUGUGGUGAAGCAGGCGGUGAGCCUGGCGCGGCGGCGCGGGAACGCGCAGGUGACGCCGCUGCACGUGGCGAGCGCGAUGCUGCAGGCGGCGGGGGCGGCGCCGGCGCCGGGGCUCCUCCGCGCGGCGUGCCUCCGGUCGCACUCCCACCCGCUGCAGUGCAAGGCCCUCGAGCUCUGCUUCAACGUCGCCCUCAACCGCCUCCCGGCGUCGGCGGGGGCGUCGCCGCUGCUCGGCCAUGGCCACGGCGUCGGCGUCUACUACCCGCCGUCGCUGUCGAACGCGCUCGUCGCCGCGUUCAAGCGCGCCCAGGCGCACCAGCGGCGGGGCUCCGUCGAGACGCAGCAGCAGCCGGUGCUCGCCGUCAAGAUCGAGCUCGAGCAGCUCGUCAUCUCCAUCCUCGACGACCCCAGCGUCAGCCGCGUCAUGCGCGAGGCCGGCUUCUCCAGCACCCAGGUCAAGGCCAACGUCGAGCAAGCCGUCUCUUCCUCCAUGGAAGCCGCCACCACCAAGCCCCAAAACCCUAACCCUAGCAGCAGCUCGCCUCCGCCGGCGGCUCAUCAAGAGGCGAAACCUAGUAGAUGCAUCGAUCAGGUGGUGGUGCGGGAGGAGGACGUCGCGGCCAUCCUGGACUGCCUGGCGACGCGGAGCAAGAAGCGGGUCAUGGUGGUCGCCGAGUGCGCCGCCGCGGCCGAGGCGGCGGCGCGGGCGGCCGUGGACAGGAUCAGGCGCGGCGAGGCGAGGCAGCACGCGCAGGCGCAGGUGGUCACCCUCGCCGUGUCCCGGUUCCGCGGCGCGCCGAGGGAGGAGGCGGAGCGGCGGCUGGCGGAGCUCCGGUGCGCCGUCAGGGGCGGCGGCGGCCGCGCGGUGGUGCUCGUCGUGGAGGACCUCGCGUGGGCGGCCGAGUUCUGGGCCGGGAGGAGGCCGCCGCCAUCCUCCUGCGGCGCAGGCGCCGGCGGCUACUACUACUGCGCCGUGGAGCACGCCGUCGCCGAGGUGCGCGCCCUGGCGUGCGGCGGCGGCGGCGGCGGCGGCGGCGUUUGGCUCGUCGGGCACGGCACGUACCAGACGAACAUCCGGUGCCGGACGGGGCACCCCUCGCUGGAGACUCUCUGGGGCCUCCACACGCUCGCCGUCCCCGCCGGCAGCCUCGCCCUCAGCCUCACCUGCGCCGACGCCGACGCCGCCGCCGACGACGACGACAGUGGUGCAAUGGCAGCAGCAGCAGUCAAUCACCAGUCAGCCAAAGGCGCGAACGGAUCGACGUCGCCGUCGCCUUGCCUGUCACUUUUGGACGCUGCUGCAGCAGGUGGCGCCUGCAGCUCCGGGCAGCUGGCGGUGAUGGCCGCCGCCGUCUCCGGCGCCUACUGCGGCGGCGAUUGCGCCGCCGCGACGAAAGCACUGCUGCCACAGUCAGUCGUCUUCAUGCCGCCGUCGGCGACGACGACCACCACCACCAUCCCUCCAUGGCUGCACCAUUGCCGCGAUCAGGAGCCUGCAGCUCAUAUGAAGAAAUGGAUGUCGGCGCAUGGCGGCUCGCCGUCGCGCAGGACGGCGCUGAACAUCUCGUCCACGGCGGUGUCGCCGUGCUCCUCCGUCUCGUCCUACGAGCAGUACACCCGGUUGCACCAGCCGUACCAGCCAUGGCUCGUCGCCGACGACGACGACGAAGCCGAAGAGACGAAGCAUCCAUACAUCGCCGGCGAUGGCGGCGCUGGUAGGCUUGUGCCGGCGGCGGCCAAGGUGGUGAUCAAGUCCGACGACUCGAGCGCCUCCAAUGGCUCCGUGGAGGUGGAGUGGCGGCGGCCCAGGUUCAAGGAGGUGAGCGCCGAGAACCUCAAGGUGCUCUGCGGCGCGCUGGAGAAGGAGGUGCCGUGGCAGAAGGUGAUCGUGCCGGAGAUCGCCAGCACGGUGCUCCGGUGCCGGUCGGGCAUGGCGGCGCCCGCCAUGGCGAGGAGGUCGAGCUCUUGCUCGAGCUCCAAGGAGCACACGUGGAUGCUCUUCCUCGGCGGCGACGCGGAUGGCAAGUUGAGGGUGGCGAGGGAGCUGGCGAGCCUCGUCUUCGGCUCGUCCAAGAGCUUCGUGUCCAUCGGCGGCGCCGCCAACGCGUCGCCGCCGCCGUCGUCAUCGUCGUCGUCUCCGGCGCGGUCGUCGGGCUCCACCGAGCAGCCGCACCGGAGCAAGCGGCCAUGGGCGGAGACGACGACGACGACGACGAGCGGGCGGGACCAGGACCACCUCGAGGCGCUCUACGACGCCGUGCGCGACAACCCGCGGCGCGUCAUUCUGAUGGAGCGCGUCGACCGGGCCGACGCGCGGUGCCACGACGGCAUCAGGGACGCCAUCGAGCGCGGCGUGGUGCGGAGCCGCGGCGGCGGCGGCGAGGAGGCCUUCCUCGGCGACGCCAUCGUCGUCCUCAGCUGCGAGAGCCUCAACCCAAGUUCGACGACGCCGGCGAAGAAGGCCAAGACGGAGUACAGCGUGGAGAAGCUCGACCAGGAUGGUGAUGAUCACCAUGGCAAGGAAGCCGUCGCGGCGGCGGCGUCGCCGUCUUGCUUUGAUCUGAACAUGAGCAUGGACGACGACGACGAGGCGGCGGAGGAGCGUUGCACCGGCGAAGAAGAAGAAGCAGGCCAUCAUCAUCAUCAGCUGCUGCUCAAGGCAGUAGACAGGGUGCUGUUCUUCAGAUCAAUUGGGGAAUAAUUGUGAUCAAUAUUCCAAUCUUUGGUGAAAUUUUCUUGGGGGUUCUUGAUCAUAUUAAUGCUGGCGAUCGAAAUUGGUCGAUGUGUAUUAAUUGUUUAUGUUAUUUUGUUGGUUGGCAUGUUUAAUUAUUGUUAGUUUUCCUUUAUAUUUGUUUUUUUUUGUCGAUCUUUGGAGAUCAUGAGAUUGGAUGCAUGGGAUAUAUGGAACUGAUCUAUAUAUGAUGGAAAUACUAGCUAGCUUGUAAAUUUCUAGCUGUGGUCAACAUAUAUUAAGGUAUUUUAAUAUUA